CCAGUCAGGCUGGAGCACCUCAAUCCUUCCUCUGGGAGCUACUGGACAGAAGAGCCCUUGUGCAGCGUUUUUGGGAGGUGCCUGAUAUGUGCUGGGGGAGACUUUCCCCUUCCCAGUGAACGGAUGCCUGGCUACAGCUGGGCCCUGCCCGGUGCCUCAGAGAUGUUUCGGUCUUGCCCCUCUCCCAGCGCAACCUGUCCUGCAGUCCUGCAAGCAGGUCAUGUAGAAGAGCAGAUUUAAUGUGAAGAUGGGACUGUUGGUGUUUAUGCGUAACCUGCUGCUAGCCCUCUGCCUCUUUCUGGUACUGGGAUUUCUGUACUAUUCUGCUUGGAAGUUGCACCUUCUCAGAUGGGAGGAUUCAAAUUCAGUGGUUCUUUCCUUUGACUCCGUUGGACAUACAAUAGGCUCAGGAAGGAGAGAGAGAAAAACUGUGGCUAUUGUGCUUCCGCUGUCCAUCCCAUCUCACCUUGCUGCAGACCCAGGAAAAGACAGAGCCCAGAAAGAACCCACAGAAACAAUGGCAGCUCCAGGCCCAGCCAUUCCUAAAUAUGACAAACUGGGCUUUCUCCUGAACCUGGACUCAAAAUUGCCUCCAGAAUUGGCGUCAAAGUAUGCAAAUUUCUCUGAGGGAGUGUGCAAGCCUGGUUAUGCAUCAGCGCUCAUGACUGUCAUCUUCCCAAAGUUCUCGAAGCCGGCACCAAUGUUCUUGGAUAAUUCCUUCAGGAAAUGGGCACGUAUCAGGGACUUUGUACCCCCCUUUGGAAUUAAAGGACAAGAUAAUCUGAUCAAAGCCAUCCUGUCAGCAACCAAAGAUUACCGUCUAACUCCAGCUCUUGACAGUCUCAGCUGCCGGCGAUGUAUUAUUGUGGGAAACGGUGGAGUACUUGCAAAUAAGUCAUUGGGGUUAAAGAUUGAUGACUAUGAUGUUGUUGUCAGGCUGAACUCGGCUCCAGUGAAGGGCUUUGAAAAAGAUGUGGGUGGCAAGACAACUCUCCGGAUCACAUAUCCUGAAGGUGCAAUCCAGAAAAUGGAGCAGUAUGAGAAGGAUUCCCUGUUUGUUCUGGCAGGAUUCAAAUGGCAGGAUUUCAAGUGGCUGAAAUACAUUGUUUACAAAGAGAAAGUGAGUGCCUCUGAUGGCUUUUGGAAGUCAGUGGCAACCCGUGUCCCAAGGGAACCUCAUGAGAUACGUAUCCUGAAUCCCUACUUCAUCCAGGAGGCAGCUUUCAGCUUCAUCGGACUGCCUUUCAACAACGGCCUGAUGGGCAGAGGGAACAUCCCCACCUUGGGAAGCGUAGCAAUAACCAUGGCGCUCCACAACUGUGAUGAGGUGGCGGUAGCUGGGUUUGGCUAUGACAUGAGUUCACCCAAUGCACCGCUGCACUACUAUGAGAACAUCAAGAUGUCUGCCAUCAAAGAGUCCUGGACACACAACAUCCAGCGGGAGAAGGAGUUCCUGAGGAAGCUGGUGAAAGCCCGAGUCAUCACUGACCUAACCAGUGGGAUUUGAGUGGCUGCAGCCACUGCCUUCAAGGGAGGAGACAAAGACACACGCUGCAGCUCUGGGAGCAGGCACUGGCAGCCCCCCACAAGAAUCCCACCUCACUGAAGACACACAGAGAUGCCCAGGUGCUCUGGGAAGACCCUCUCGCAUUGCCAGUCUACAUGAGGGUUGCAUCUGCUGCCUCCCGGCCUAGAGCUGGCAGGAGGUGGGCAAGGCGCUGAGUGGGCAGUUCUUGAACUCUGCAUUGCAGACGGAUCUUCUGUGUCCUGAACUGAACAACAAAGACUCAGGAGGGAGAAGAAAGGUUUGUGAAUAAAACGAUUUGUGCCAAAUGGGAGGUGACGCUGCCCUGAGGCAGCAAUGCCUGAAUGUACAAAGUAUUAUUUUUUACAAGAAACUCUGCUGGAUUCACACUAGAAAUACCAAGGUGCAAGGCAAAGUCUGCUUGUGCACAGCCCCGCAAAAAGCCCGGCCUCUCCAUGCUCCAUCUGCAUUGUCACCGGCCUCAGACCUUUCCCCAGGAAAACAAAUCCGUCCAAAACUUCAGUGUCGUUGGUGCUGCUAUAAUUCAAAGGGAGAAUAAUGGCUUUCCCUCAUUCUCCACUCAGAGCUUCUGGAUGGAGAUGAGUAUGGGUUUGUUUUUCUGCACUUUUCCUUGCUUCCUGCAUAGAAGCAGCAGCAGCCGCCACUUACUUGGCUGCGUUUUCCAUAGCCAUUCGUCCUGCUCUGCCUCUGCCCUGACCCCAAGGUGGAGCAGGGAGCUGAUGGCUUCCUCUGCCUGCAGCAGACCCUCCCCACCUUCCUGCCUGUCGGGCGCUGCAGCGCCUGCCUCACUGUGCUCAAGGCUUUCAGGCCUCUUGGUUUGUGCCUGCUGUGCAGGGCCCCCAUGGAGUCCGUGCAGAUUGGUGUCACCGUUUCUGGACAGCAUCUCACUUUGGUUCUGUGUGGGAGAGGAGUAAUUUAUCCUUUGGAAGGAGGUCAGAUCUUGUGCGGAGAUCUGAAGCUUUACAGUUUGAGAGCAGGCCGACGAAGAUGUUUGUUUUAUGUUCCAGACUUGAUCAUAUUCCCUGUUUAAGCGACAUGUGACCUCAGUGAUGAUGGAGCCUGCUAGCAUGGGUUGGGGCCUGCUGGGACCCCUCACCCUCUGCCUUGGCCCCUGCUCACUUCAUUUCCAAGCUCCUCCUGUGCUGCUCUAGCACUGCUGCUCCUCCUGCUCUCAGGAGCACGUCCCUUCCUUUGCCAUCUUGGUCCCAAGAUGCAAUAUUUGCACAUUUUAUUUGUAUACGUAUUUCAGAGGAGCUGGAACAAACUGAGUAAUGUGGCUGAGUUCGAGGACAGCAGGGGUGGUCUUAUCCACCUGGAGAGCGUGGGCAGAGGGGGGGAUUGCCAGGGGAAUGGUUACAGGUAGAAAUUGGCCCCCACACUCUGCUAGCUUGAAUCGGGCUGGACUGCACCCACGGGCACUGUCCUGAGCCAAGACUCUGUGUGUUGAGGCACCGGUGUGCAGCCAGCCAGUGGAGGGGGGUCCUGGGGGCAUGCUGGCUGGGCUCAUGGUCCUGGUGCUGCAUCUGACGUAGCCCAAGGAUUGCAGUCUGCCUUGCUCUGAGCUGAAGGGAGAACGUGGCCCUAACAUGGACAAAAGAUACUAAGAGCAGGGCUCGCAUGGUUCCCCUGGGCCUCCUCUGCUCCCACGGACUUGCAGAGGGCUGUGGCUCUGGCGCUGAGACCCCAGAGGGGAUGUGCAGGAGGGGCAGGCAGUGACCCAGGCAUGGUCAGAGGAGCAAACCAUAGGGAAUGGUUUGAGACAAGGCACAGGCAGAGGCAGCUCUCAGGACAUGGUGCUGCGUGCUGCUCACAGACCAGUGUGGGAUGUGCUGCUCAGGAGCCUCUCCUGCAUAGUGCACCCAUAGCCAAGGAGCUUGCUCAGGGGCAAGUCCUGUCCAGCUUCUGGUCCUGGUUGCUGCUUGCCUUGUAGUCUGGGAGCAGUUCAAAGUUCCUGCCUCUUUCAGGCCGCAGAAGACAGAUGCUGGGAGGCUCUCCCUUUCCUUUCCCCUUCCCAUGUCCCUUACCCUGUCCCUUCCCUGGCCUCCCAGCCUUGCAGUCCCUGCUCCCCCAGUACAUACCUCCCCACGGGAUGCUCUGUGCAGUUUCUAGCAUGGAGAGCUGGGGUUUCCAGCAGGUUUUUGAGCAUAUGCUAUGGCAGAUACACCUUUAAAUAUUCUCCCCAAUUUGCUUUUCCCACUCAAGGCACACAAGGGACUGGAUUUCCCUGGCUCUAGCCAGGCAACACUCUGUGGUUGCUGUGUGUCAGCCUGGACCUGGGACGUCAUCUGUAGAGUCCCUGCCAUGGUGGGGGUGCCUGGGCUGGACCUGGCCAAGGUUGUGGCUGGGGAAGGGUGAGCACCUGCCCUCCACCUUAGUGCUCAAAAUGGGUCUUUAACCUGCUGCUGUGGGAGCCCUGGGGCAGUGAUGGGGUGAUGGGCCACAUCCAUAUGCUACAGUGAGCUGAGAUGCCAGGGAGUGGUUGGCUGCAGCCAGGAGGAGGGGGGUGAAGGGCUUUCUCUGUCUAUGCUGGGCUCCUCUCCACCCCCCGGGGGAAGCACCCCCAUGGACACAUGUGAUGGCAUUCAUUCAAUUUAGUCCAUUUAAUUGAGCACUACAAAGCUAUGGACCAUUUUUAUCUUCCAGCACGCUGACCUAGGUGCAAGGAGAGAGCACGGCCCCUGCUCUGCUUUCCCUGGUGUCCCAGUUCCCCACCACAGCCAGGAACAAGAAGCUGUCCCUGCAGACCAGGGAGGUGACUCCAAGGCCUUCCCUCCACCUUGGUGGGAGUCUCCAGGCAAAAGUGCCCAGGCUGAAUGGUCAGUGCAUGGUCCAGGGUGACUGUGGUGGGUCAGGACCACCUGCAAGCAGAAGGAAAGAGAGAAUGGGGGGUUGUUUGGGGCCCAAAGGCUCCCCUCUAACUCACUGUCCCAUUUGAGUUGGUGGGGCACGCACACCCAUGGAGCAGCCCUGAGGCCAGGCGAUGGGGCUGUGCACCCCAGCUCCAGGAGCAGUGCGCGGCGCUGGGUUUUGCUCCUGGAUGCUGUUCCUUUGGCUGCCUC